CGACCCGAAGUGGUCGCGGAAUUCGAGACCAACGUCAAGCGUGCGGGUCUCACCCUGACGACGCGAUGCACGAAUCUGCAAGAGGUGAUUGAGAACGAACGAAGGUCGAUGCGCUUUACGACAUACUCGACAACUCCUCUGCGCUUCCAGAGGUACUUGAAGUAUGCCGAGUUUGGUAACGCGCUGAAGCAGUACGCAAAGAAGUACGACCACGUGACCUACCUGUCCAUCGGAAGAUCGUACGAAGGGAGAAACAUCAUCGCUGCUCACAUCAAAACCAAGGAGAAUUUGCCCAUCGUAUUUAUGGAGUGCGGAAUUCACGCCAGAGAGUGGAUAUCCCAUUCUGCAUGCCUCUAUAUCAUCGACCAGUUGGCGACGGGAUACGAGAAGGACGAAGGCAUCCGCCAGCUCCUGUCCAGAUACGAGUGGCGUAUCCAUCCCAUUGUCAACCCUGAUGGCUACGAAUACACACACACUACGGACCGACUCUGGAGGAAGACUCGCUCCAGAAGUCGCUUCUCUGAAAGAUGCCGAGGUGCCGAUGCCAACCGAAACUUUGACGUCGGACGUUUCUGCAGGAGCCGGGGCAGCAGCAGUCCGUGUCAGGACACCUACUGCGGCGACUACGCGUUCUCGGAGCCGGAGACCCGGGCCAUUCGGAACGCCCUGUGGGCGACCCAGGGUCGCACGGAGUUCUACUUUUCUCUGCACAGCUUCGGUCAGCUCUGGAUGUUUCCCUACGCCUACAGCGACGCUCGCGUGCCGGAAUACGACCAACUGAUGAACAUUUCGCUAAGGGCCAAGGAAGCCAUUCAAAAAGUGCAGGGUACAGUCUACAAGGUUGGACCAAUCUCAAAGACGAUAUACCAAGUAUCCGGGAGCAGCGUAGACUGGGCCUACGAGGCGAUGAAGGUGACAAAGUCAUUCGCCCUGGAACUUCAACCGUCGUGGUACAGGUUCCAAGGAAACCUGGGUUUUCUGCUUCCGGCAGAGGACAUCUACCCCACCGUCCAAGAGACGUGGAUAGGAAUCAGGGCGGCCGUCGCCUAGGUCACGGUCCUCGCACACGGCUCACAAAUUCACACUCUACA